AUGACUUCGUUGACUCAACGGAGUUCGGGCCUUGUGCAGAGGCGAACCGAAGCCUUUCGGAAAGCCUCCGACAAAGACCGACCGUCCGGCAAAGAAGACCAACAGUCGAGACCGGGAGAAGAGCAAGGCGAUGACGAUACAGGAGACUCAAAAGAAACACGCCUGACUUUGAUGGAUUUGGGAUAUACCUCUUUCUGGAAUGACUGCAUUUCAUCAGGGUUACGAGGGUGCAUGCUGAUCGAGCUCGCUCUGUGCGGUCGUCUUCAGUUGGAAGCCUGUGGCAUGCGGAGGAAAGGUCUUCUUGCCAGAAAGGUGAUUUGUAAGUCAGAUGCUCCUACAGGGGAUGUACUCCUGGAUGAAGCAUUAAAACACAUGAUAGACACCCAACCACGAGAGAAUGUGCAGAGCUGGAUUGAACUGCUUAGCAGAGAGACAUGGAAUCCCCUGAAGCUUCAUUAUCAAUUGAGGAAUGUCCGUGAAAGACUAGCCAAAAAUUUGGUGGAGAAAGGUGUUCUUACCACUGAAAAGCAGAACUUCCUUCUUUUUGAUAUGACCACACACCCGCUUACUAACAAUAAUCUCAAGCAGCGCCUCAUCAAGAAGGUCCAGGAGGCUGUACUGGACAAGUGGGCUAAUGACCCACAUCGAAUGGACAAGCGACUUCUUGCACUUAUCUUCUUAGCUCAUUCCUCUGACGUCCUGGAAAACGCCUUUGCACCAUUGCCGGAGGACCAGUACGACCUGGCAAUGAAAAGAGUACGGCUGCUGCUAGAACUGGAUUCUGAAGGUGAAAGCAUGAAGGCUAACACAAAUGAGCUCUUGUGGUCUGUAGUAGCUGCUUUCACCAAAUGA